AUGAAACCCCUCGUCCUCGUCGGCGCGUUGGUGUUUGAGGUCUCGCGUGAGGAAGGCGCGGGAUCGGCAGGGGAUGGGGAAUCCACCCCCGUGGCCUCCUCAACCCCAUCCUCCUCCUCCUCCGCAUCCGCGAUCCCGUCGGGAUCGCGGGGGGAAUCCUAUGGAAGCACCUGUGGGGUCGCCCACCCCCGCGAGCUCCGCGUCGCGGCGGAGCUGCAGUGCGUCCUCCACCCAUCCGACAGCAUCGGCGCGAUCACGACGAAGCUCUGUGCGUGGGAAGGCCGGAGUUACGAGCGGUUGAAACUCGAACUCGCCCUCGUGGAUGUGUGCGCGGAACUGUCGGAUUGGGUGACGGGACCCCCCAAAGGGGCGACCCCGCGGGUGGGGUUCACCGUCCUCCCACAGCUCCACCUCGCGUCCGAGGCGGUGGUGGAGGGGCUUCAACGGCUUCAACGCCUCGCGUGUGAGCUGUGCGGGGAGAUCUCGGACGGGGGGGGGGCGGACCUCCCCCCGACCGUCCUGGCCGCCCUGCACGAGGAGCUCCGUCGCGUGAGCGAGGCCGAAGGCGAGUGGCGCGCGUGCGAUCUCACGGCGAACGGGGUAAACCAACCCAAAGAAGGGGACGACACCCCUUUGGAUCGGAAACAUCUUUCCCAACUGGUGAUCCGUUGUCGAGGUCUUUCCGUGCUCGCGGCGCCUUACCUUCGUGGGGGAAUUCACCUUCUCUAUGGGCCCUCCACGCGGGGUGAAACCCCCACCAAUGGGGCUCCACCCCACUCGAAAACCCCCACCCUUCCGGUGUUUCGGGUUUCUCGUCAUCGCGGUUGUUGCACGGCGGAAUCGAUCGCGUUUACCGCCGCCAUCGAGCUCGUCGGAGAAUCCUCGCCGCGAAGUUUUUUAACCGCCCUCGUCGCUGUGCUCGAACGGGUGGUAGUGGAAGGCCUCCUCGCCGAGCGGUUGCUCCCGAAGGUGGUGGAUCUUCGCACGCGAAUCACCCACGCGGAGUUUAUCCCGCGCGAAUUCGCGAAGGAGGACGACGAGGAGGCCUCUCCGUUUCGCUAUCGCGGCCCGAUUCACUGCUUUCCACGGCUGCGAAACCUCCCGACGGCGCGGGAGCUUCGGUUUUGGCAGCUGCUUUACGAGCAUCGCGAGUACCUCGCCCGCCACGCCGCGUCGGUGCGGACGAUGAACGUUUUUUUCGAAACCCUCCCAUAUGAGGACGAGGAGGGAGGAGGAGGAGAAGGGGGGGAGCUGCGUUCGUUCGCCCCGGCUGCCUUUCCCGAAGGCGACCCCAUGGAUCAAACUGGAAACGGUGAAAACGGCAAGCGAAACGGCGGGGUUUUCGCCGGAUGGUACGGCCCGGGCGCGGCGGAUACCGACGAUGUCGUGCUCACCGCCGCGGAGCUGACGGAUGGGGUGGCGUUUCGUGCGUGGCUGGAGGACGUCGUGGAGCAAUCCGCGAUGCACGCCGAGGCGCGGCGGAUUCUUGAGGAGGCCGGGAUCGGUUACCUCCGCCGCGAUCCCGCGCUGCCGCUGGCGAAUUUCUUGUCGUUUGUUAAAGUUUUCGCCGCCGCGACGGCGGUCCGCGCGGUGCUCGAACGCGGGCAAUCGGCGGAUACCCGGGUGGUGCACUCGGAGGCGAUCGGGUUGAGCGUCGUGGUGGGGGCUCAGUGCGAUGUGCGGGAUGGCGGGCAGCUGCUCAUCCCGUGGUAUCUCGACCCCAACCUCCUCCUCGCGCUGCUUGAAGGGGGCGGAAGGGGUCUGCCCGCCUUGGAGGGCUCCCAAGGCGAUCCCGCGUCGAUCGCGCCGCCGACCGACUCGGCGGUUUAA